ACUGGCAGAGGCGACACAUUUAUUUCUUCGCACAUCUUGACCGCGCCUUUGUUGUCUGGUCGACGGUACUCUCGAACACUUACAACAUGCUGCAACUUUUUUAUGGACUUGUUUAUUUUUCAACAGUUUUACUGUUUGUGACUCUCACAGGUGCACAAGCUGAAUGUCCUGUUCAGCUCAGCCACCAGCGUGUUGUUGUGAGAUACAAAGGUUCUGUAGCAGUUAACUGUAGCACUCAAGUCACACAUAAAGGGAUUGGAUGGGAAGCCAGUGAAGGAGCAGUGCCCAAAACCAGAGACAGUCUGAUCACAUGGAGAGUGUCACACCUGACAGAAUGGGACAUACACCCAUUCUGCUUCAUAAACUAUGAGAGACAGUGUAUAAUAGAGCUCCCAGUCACUAUUUACAAGACUCCAGACAGUGUGUCCAUCAGCAUUGUGAAACACACAGGACCAAUGAUAGAGGGACAGCAGUAUGAGCUUCAGUGUGAUGUUCACGAUGUGGCUCCUGUUCAGUAUCUCACUGUCAAAUGGUAUAAAGGACAGACUCUGCUGAAUCAAACCACCUUCACUGAGGAUAGCAGGACUCCAGUGAAUGUAAACACCACACUCCUGAUCCGUCCAGUCAGAGCUGAUGAUGGAGCUCAAUACAGAUGUGAUGCAGAGCUGGAUCUGGGAGCAGAAGGACCUCAACCUCCUCCAAAAGAAACAUCAGACUCUCUCUACAUUACUGUAUAUUCUAAACCGAUCAUCAAUGAGACCAAACUGCCCUCCAUAGUGCCUGUGUUUCGAGGAUAUUCAGAGGAGCUUGUUUGUGAAGCCGAGGGAAACCCAAAACCAACAAUCAUCUGGAUCCUCGGCACAAAUGAUAUAGUUUAUAAUGAAACUCUUACUAUAUCAGAGUCAACACCUGAGUAUGUGUCCUGCGUUGCAGAGAAUUCUGCUGGCAGGAUGACCAGACAAGUGAAAGUGUUCAUACAAGAGAAUUACAUACCCAGAAUAUUAGGCAUUAUUGCUGCUGUAGUGGUGGCCAUCUCAGUCAUCAUCUUCAUCUACAUCUACUUGAUCUUCUACAAAAAAAAAACCAGGACGGGCCAUUAUGAUGUGAAGGAGCCCAAAGCACAUAAAGAACUCUUAGCGCAUGAAGUCCCCAUGAAGGAACUCUGUUAGAGCAAUAUGUCUGCUUUGGUUAUGACUCUCUAAGCUGGGUCUAUCUUCUGAGCUUCACUGUCCGCAGACAGAUCAGUCAGAUCAAAUUUUGAUGCAAAAUCAUACAGAUUAGUGUUAUUUCACUUCAUUUUAAGAUCCAGCUGACAAUCACAGUAACACACCCUAACAUUGGUGUCUGAAGAUGUUGAUUAACUAAAAAUGUCUGAAUAGCAUCCUUAUUAAGCUUUUUUGGGAUUCUUGUAUGUUUUUAUAAAAAUAAAAAAUAAACUAUA